UCCGGUGUUCCCGAAUGCACCUCGUUCGCAGUGCACGUGGUUGUGUGCUGCUGAAGGUCAGCAACAGCAUUUCUGUCGCUCGAUCUACGCCUUGUUCAGCAAGUUGAGCCAAAAGUACUGAAACACGAGGCACAUCCAAAAGCUCAAAUUUCACGCGCACCUGUAAAGGUCCCUCGGUUGGUUUCGCUUUCACUUCACUCGAUGUAAACAAAUCCUUCACAAAAACAAAACCGAAGGCGUUGUCUUCGCAGCGGGGCUGAAGAUGUGGCAGACGGUGCUUGUCGCUGCGUGGCUGCUUGAAGCUGCCAGCUUGCAGAUUACCGGUUAUGGUGACACAACGGCGGACUACGGCGAGGAUGCGCGCUACAAGUGCGAGCUGCGGAACCAGUCAGGUGUGCUUCAGGUCACGUGGCAAAAGCGCCUGCGGGACGAUUCUAUCGAGAAUGUAGCAUCCUACAGCAAGUGGCACGGGCAACAGAUCAAUCAGCCUUACCAGGGGAAGGUGAUGCUCACCGAGACGUCCCUCAGCUCGGCGUCCAUCACCCUGAAGAACCUGACGUGGGCGGACGAGAGUUGUUAUAUCUGCCUGUUCAACGUGUACCCGGAAGGAUCCAAGACCAAGCAGACCUGCCUCAGGGUGCAAGGAAUAUCUCAAGUGCAAACAAAGGUGUCCCGUCCCAGCAGUGGCCUGGCAGACGGAACCAUGCCGGUCAUGUUCAGUUGCUCUGCAACCGGGAAACCAGCACCCACCAUCCGCUGGCUCUUCUCGCAAGGCGACACCAGUUUGCACGAGCCUGUGGCCGCCACGGUCGCCAACGGCGACCAUACGUUUACCAGCAGUAGUAAUGUCACACUCAUUGUCUCCAGAGGCUGGAAGGGACACGCCGACUGCGUGGUGGACAGCGGGAGUCGCGGACAGAGGAUGAAGAGGAUCCCCUUUUCCUGGGAUGCUGACCUGGGGGAGGGCGGGGCAGGUGGAGCAAUGACACCAACAGACCAGGCUCUUCUCACUGUUGGUAUCGUUGCUGUGAUGGCAUUCAUAGCAACCAUCGCUAUUGUUGGGACGAUACAAAGAAGGGAGAAAGCGUACAGAAGAACGCCAGACGUCGAGGUUGAGGUUGUCACCUUCCCAGCAAAUGAAUAGAUGUUCCAGAAGAGCAGCCAAGCACUCGUUUCACUUGCUUUCAUCUCCUUUAAACCUACCUCCAGUUGUUUGCAUGUUAUCUUCAUUGGAGCCUCUCAAUAGUCCAUAGGUAUGAUGUCCAAAGGCACAUGUGUGUAUGUGCCCUGUGUAUGUGCCCUGCCAUUGGCUGGGUUAGGGUUAGCGUUAGGAUUAGGAUUAGGGUUCGGAUGAAUGGUUGUUUGUCUAUAUGUGGUUAGUGUUGGGUUAGGGUUGGGCUGGUGACCAGUCCAGUGCUGUACCCCCGCCUCUCGCCCAGAGUCAGCUGGGAUAGGCUCUGCAACCCUAAUGAGAAGGAAAUGAAUGAAUGAUGUGAGGAGUCUUCUGGGGAGUCAAGUGGAAAUGGAGUGGUAGUGCCACCUAGUGGACGUUUCAGUGAAUUCUUGACAAGAGGAUGAAUGAUCAGUUUAGCUUGCACUUUUGCACCUUUUUUGCCCCUUUGAUCUUCAGCAACAGACUGUGCCGAUUUAAAAUUGUGUUUCUAGACUGUUUCAUAUUUAUUCAUAGAAUUAUUUAUGUUAAUAUAUUGCUGCAGCAUCAUCUGCUCACUCGGUAUUUGAAUAAUUGGUUCAUCAUGUGUUCUGAUUCUGUAUCUUAUUAAGUUAUUAAAAUCUAACAGCAGCAUCUGGCUUGUCUUGCCUUCGAGUGCUCUGCAGAACUCGGAGUUGGGAUGCGUACUUCCAUGUGCAGUACAGUAGUACGGCAAAAUCUGAUGCAUCGCCCUCACCUGGAUGUUGCACUCAUCACCAGGAACGUUUCCGUGUGGAUGGCGCCUGUGCGACAUUCUGGUCAAACAUCGCCAUCUUGGCUACGUAGCGGAAAAGGGGGGACGAGCUCAAGUGGAUUUAAAAACAUUUAAAAACCAGAGGAGCAGGAGCCUGUUGCACAAAACGAGGAUAAGGGAUGAAGCCGGGAUAUCUUGGGUCCGGUUUUUGAAAAGGUUUAACCUGGAUUAUAUUGAUCCAGAUUUGGUAAUUUUUGGUAAUUUUUUUUUUGCUGUCACAUAAUCCAUUUAACUUUUGAGCCGGUUUUUCAAAGCAACAUCGGACUGGAUCGAUUUGAUUCGGAUAGAAACUUUUCAGGAUCACCCAAUCUGGAUAACCAGGAAAUCCUAAUGUAGAACUAGAGAUAUGCCAAGAGCAGUGUGGGGUCAAUACAAGUUUAUUUGAAUCAGUAAUCUGAUUACUAGGGGUGCAACAAUACGUGUAUCUGUAUCGAACCGUUCAAUACACAUGCGUACCGAACCGUGACCUCUGUAAUGAAUAAUACGCAGUUACAUAUUUCUGUUAUCAACCUCUGACGGCGCCCUGUGCUGAAAGCUCAGAUUAUCUGCGAUCAACUACUCUGGCUUAGGUUGCAUCGUCAAACACAGUCACUGAGCUCCGCCUCCCACAUUCAUACCAUGCUGAAAAUGUUGAAAAUGUUGGCAAGUUCAAUAAAAUUGUAAUUAAAAAAGGCAAGAUAAUUUAUUUUUUGUAACCGUAACACAAACGUAUCAAACCGAACCGGGAAUUUUGAGUAUCGUUGCACCCCUACUGAUUACGUAAUUGUUUUUUUCUUUUG